GCUCCGGAAAGAUGCGGCAGCUCAAAGGCAAGCCCAAGAAGGAGACGUCCAAGGACAAGAAGGAGCGGAAGCAGGCCAUGCAGGAGGCCCGGCAGCAGAUCACCACGGUGGUGCUGCCCACGCUCGCUGUGGUAGUGCUCCUGAUCGUGGUGUUCGUGUACGUGGCCACGCGCCCCACCAUCACCGAGUGAGCCCGGGGGGGGGGGGCAGACUCCCCCAGCAGGGAGCCGGAGCCCGGGAGGGGGAAAGCGAAAGAAAAAUGGCUUUCAUAUUCAGAGAUUUUUCCUGAUGCUGAGCUCUAAGCUGGAGCACCCUGUCUUCUCUGGUCUUUGACUUGAUUAAAGUUUCUCCAAUUUCCCUGGGAGGGAAUAGGGAACGUUUUAUCAGUGAAUGUGCCAUACACCUUAUGGUCCACUUCAUGUGCCUUUCAGACUUCAAAGCAGUGUGUGUGUGUGUGUGUGUGUGUGUGUGUGUUUCUUUUUUGCUUCUGAAAUCGAUAUGUAACUCCACCUGGUAAGAGGAAGAAUCUUCUGGGCCAUGAAUCAGUUGGAAUCAGUGCUCACCCCAUCCCCAUUGUUUAGAACAUGACUCUUUGCCUACAUGUGGUUCACGAUUUCCAAAGGGACUGUAUUUCUUCUCUGUGCUUAAUGUGAUUUGAAAUAUGUCGACUCAAAAGUGAAAUAUUUAUUUUUUGAAUAAAGGAGAUAAUAGCCUUAAA